AUCUGCAUGUCUCAGGAGUAAGAGAAAAUGCUUAAAAUUGGUGCCUCAAGAACAGUGUCAAGUAGGUAGUACUUGGCGCUCAAUAUAGAUUGACAAUUCGCCAGAGAAAAAAGAAAAAGGAAAUCAGACAGGAAGAAUCAGAUCCUUCUUUACCGAAAGAAAGGAAACUGAAGUGUAAAGCCAGCACCACCCAUUCAUAUGCUGCAGCAACAAACAAAGAAUCUGCUUUUGCUCCUCUUCACUACUUUUCUUUGCACCGUUCAUAAUUGUGCAGCUAGUUUGUCAUGCUUUUUAGGUAAAUUGCUGCUGGAACCUACUAUAUCUGCUGUGAUCGGUAUUAGAUUCUGGGUAGUGCAAUCGCAGCACCUGUCGCUUUAGAGCUAUGUGAGGUUAGUUAUCCGCAUGUCUCAAGUGUAAGAGAAAAUGCUUAAAAUCGGUGCCUUAAAAACAGUUUCAAGUAAGCAGUACUUGUCACGCACUAUAGAUCACCGAAAAAGGAUUUCACCCCGCUUUAUAAAUAAAGCAAACCACCACAGACACAAGGUAUCGCAAAUGUCCACCCCCCCACACACAGUCACACCACAAAUAGUACAAGAGGGUUCUGCUGAGGGCACAGUUCAACAAGCCCUGAAAACGAAAACAAAGGCGGGAACCCGCAACAGCAGCUAAGAAGCUAAUCCGGCUCUGGUGGUGGAGGAGGAAGCGGCGGCGCCAAGCGGAGAGCCAUCGAGCGGAGGUCGGCGAUGAUAAUGUUGAUGGCGUCCCGGUCCUGGAGGCGGCUAAGCGGCCGCCAGAGCUGCAAGUACCCACACAUUUUGUAAACAGCGUCAGUGGCACGUCGAAGAGGAACUCGCUGGAUGACAAGCUUAUCACGCAUGCAUUAUAGAUUGACAACAUAUCAGAGGAAGAAGGAAAAGGAAACCAAACAGGAAGAAUCAAACCCUGCUUUAUCUUUACCAAAAGGACAUGCUUUCUUAUGCCGCAGCAACAAGCAAAGAAGCUGCCUUCGCUCCUCUUCACUACCUUUUCUUGUGAGGAUGGAACUGGGAUAGCGGGAACCAGAGGCCUAAGCAAAGAAUCUUGUCCAGUUCUCUUCUUCUUCAAUGAAAUGAGCUUCGGGUUAGUCGCAGCUUCUCCCAGCUCUUUAUAUCCCAUCCCCGAGAUCCUCCAUUGGUCAGACACACGGGUUCCAAGGACGCGAACCAAACACGCUCUUGUCCCAUUUGAGAGCACAGGCCCCGUGCGUCUUCCUCAUCUCUCCAGAACUGCUGGUGGCGUCAUCUUUCUGUGCCUCCUGUACUGCCUGAGGAUGGACACCGCCAUCGGCGCAACGAAGUGGGUGCUGGGCAAGGCGCUGGCCCCCGUCACGGAUGGCUUGCUGCAGUCCUGGGCAGCUAGUGUUGAGCUUGAUCGCAACAUCGACACCCUCAAGAUGGAGCUGUUGUAUGCGCAUGGGGUGCUUGAGAAUGUGCACGGCAGGGACAUCCAUGGCAUUGCGCUCAAGGAGCUCCUGCUCAAGCUGCAGCAGCUGGCAUACGGGGCUGAUGAUGUACUGGAUGAGCUGGAGUACUUCCGCAUCCAGGACGCCCUUAAAGGAACCUACCAUGCCACUGACAUGAAUGCUGUGGGUUUCAUCCAGGGCCUCCGCGUCAAUGUUGAACACACGGCGAGGCAUGUUGCCAACAAACUUAAGUGCCUCCCGUGCUUGGGUGCUGCUAGCCAUGAUGGUGACCAAGAAAGUGAUGCUGGUGUUCACCAAGAAAAUGAUGGCAAGCAAGCAUGCCUCUCUGGUGUACGCUUGUGUGGCAGGCAGAGGAUCGGCUCCUCGCCACCGAUGCCCGCCAACAAGGGUGUCAAGAAUGUUGAUGGCAAAUGCAUGCCCAAGGUCAUCUCAACUGCUCGCAAUGCUGCCCACACUUUCGGUAAACACUUUCCAUGCUACUCUCCCAUAUCUGUCCAUGACGAUGAUCCUCAACCUAUCAUUUCAGAGUGUGCAAGCCAGAGAGACUGUGAUAUAGAAACACCAGAAUUGAUGUUUGAUAGGGUGCAAAUGUCUAAAACAAUGAUGGACAUGGUAGAGCAGCUGAAGGAAGUAUGUGCUAAGGUCUCCAUAAUUCUUAAUCUAGAUUUGUUGGGCUCCAGCCAUAUGCAUACCAAAGAAAUUGCUAAAAACAGAUCCAAGACCACAUCCGAGAUUAUAGAACCUGAGUUAUACGGGAGGGAUGACCAAAAAAAGAAAAUUGUAGAUUGCAUUAUUAGUCGCGAGUACUGUCCCAAUAAACUUAACGUGCUUCCAAUUUUUGGACCGGGGGGUAUUGGAAAAACAACUUUUACGCAACACAUAUGCCAAGAAGUAAAUAUAUAUUUCCAGGCUUCAAUUUGGAUAUGUGUCUCUUUCGAUUUCAGUGCAGAUAGGUUGGCGCAAGAGAUGGUCAAAAAAAUCGAUAGUGUUGUUGGUGAAAAGGCUAACGCUAGUGCCGACGAACUUAUCCACCAAAGAUUAAAAGCUAAGAGAUUCUUACUUGUCUUGGAUGAUGUGUGGACAUAUCAGGAGGAUGAGUGGAAAAAACUAAUAGCACCUUUAAAGAAGGUAGAGUCUGAGGGUAAUUUGAUUAUAGUCACAACCCGAAUAUCAAAGGUAGCAGAAAUGGUUAAGACAACCAAUGGUGAACUAAAACUGGAAAGACUAGAUGAUGCAGACACCAUGCGUUUUUUCGAAACAUGUAUAUUUGGUAACAAGCAACAACCAUGGGAAGAACAUCCUGAAUUAUCUGAGAUUGGUCACAAAGUAGUGGACCAUUUGAAAGGUUCCCCUCUUGGAACUAAAACUGUAGGUAGAUUACUAAGAAACCAACUUACUUUGGACCAUUGGAAAAGAGUUCUAGAAAGCAAAGAGUGGGAACUACAAACGAGUGAGAGUGACAUCAUGCCAGCCCUCAAACUUAGCUAUGAUUUUCUCCCUUUCCAUCUAAAACAAUUGUUUGUAUAUUGUGCUUUGUUUCCAGAAGAUUACGAAUUUGAUAGCAAGGAGUUAGUUCAACUGUGGAUAGGACUAGGUAUUUUGCACCCAUAUGAUCAAAAAAGGACUGAAGAUGUUGGACUAGACCAUUUGAAUGAGUUGGUCAAUUACGGGUUUUUCAAGAAAGACAAAAAAAAAAGAUGGUCGUUAUUAUUAUGUUAUUCAUGAUCUAUUGCAUGAAUUGGCCACCAAGAUUUCAUCGUAUGAAUGCGUUAGUAUAUCUAGUUCUAAUAUCAGGUCCAUACACAUCUCCUCGUAUAUACGUCAUUUAUUCAUAAUUGUAGAUGAUAAAGAUGUUAAUGAUAGAAUCAGUUUCGACGACUAUAAAAAGGAUUUGAGUGCAUUAGGUAAACGACUGAAAGUUGAAAACCUACGUACUCUGAUGUUGUUUGGGCAAUACCAUGGAAGCUUCGCCAAGACCUUUUGUGAUCUGUUUAGAAAAGCUAAAGCCCUUUGCACUAUUUUUCUAUCUGGAGCAUCAUACUCUAUGAAGGACAUUCUGCAUAACUUUUCAAAAACUAUCCAUCUUCGUUACCUAAGGAUUGAGCCAUCACAUAACACAGGCAACAUCGACUUUCCUAGUAUGCUAUUCAGAUUUUAUCAUCUAGAGAUAAUAAAUCUUCAAAGAUGCAAUGUCCCUGUUUCGAUAAGACGUAUUACCAACCUUGUAAAGCUGCGUAAUAUGCCUCUAGUUCUUUCUGACAUACCUGAGGUGGGAAAACUUAAAUUGCUUUCAGAAUUAAGAAGAUUUGAAGUUGGAAAACAAACUAAUGGUUUCGAACUAAGUCAGCUAGCGCAAUUAACAGAGCUUGGAGGGUCACUUAGCAUUUAUAAUCUUGAAAAGGUGCAAGAAAAAGGGGCCCGGGGAAAGGAAAUAAGGCCAAUACACAGAAACCACUUGCGUGAACUAACAUUAGAGUGGGAUGUGCAACGAUCUAACACGGAUCCUACAAGAGAAGGAAAUGUUCUUGAAAAUCUUGUACCGCAUAGUGACCUUUGAGAUCUUUGCAUUAGAGGGCACGGAGGCACUAGUUGCCCAACAUGGCUAGGUGAGAACCUCUUGGUCAAAAAUUUGGAAUCGCUUCACUUGGCUGAUGUAUCUUGGAAAACUUUUCCACCAUUAGGAGAGUUCUGGUGGGUUGAUGAGCUCCGUGACGAGUGCAAGUGUUGCAUCUCAAACCCAAACUUCCAAAAAAAAUGUCUUGAAAAAAAAGGUUUUCAAAAUUUGAAAAAGCUAGUGUUUGUUAAGAUGCCAAAAUUGACAAAGUGGGCUGGAAAUCAAACUUGCGGGUUCUUCUUCCACCUGGAAGUGCUCAUUAUUGAAGACUGCCCUGAACUUAAGGAGUUGCCCUUUUCAUGUUCUACUUGCUCUCAACCAGCGCAAGAAGGAGCGAACCUGAGGACCUUGUUCCCUAGACUACGUGAGUUCACGGUUGUAGGAUGCCCAAACCUGAGGACAAUGCCUCCUAUCCCUUGGACCCGUACUCCAUGCUCUAUUAAGAUAGAACAAUCAGGGUCAAAUUUUCAGCUACGCACUAACUCAGAAGGAAUGUACAUACCAGGAUUAUGCUUGUCCAUUGUGGCAGCGGAUGGUACGGAUAGCUUGCUUUGGAAUAAGUUGUCUUUCUGUUAUUUGAGUGGCCUAAAAGAGUUUUCUCUAUUCAAUUGCCCUCCUUUGCCCUUGCACAUGAUCCAAAUGCUAACAUCUCUGCAGCACCUCACUAUAAGUGGUUGUUCGAGUAUUGUUCUGUCGCCAAUCAGAGGCGAGGGCCAUGUCACAUAUGAGGUUCCAGUUGAAGAACUCUGCAUUUCUGACAGCGGGGCUAGCGGGAAAGAACUAACUCAAGUGCUCUCUCAUUUCCUGAAGCUCACCAGACUGAGUAUAAAUGAUUGCGAAAAGAUAACAGAACUUGGUGUGUCGGAUCAGCAGAGUGGAUCACAGCUGCAAGAGACAAAAGAAGAGAAGGAAAUAGUGGCGACGGCAGAAGGAGGACUGCUGCUCUUGCCUACCCAACUACAGGAGUUAAAAGUGUACAAUUGCCGUGAGCUGAGAAUAGUCCCCAAUUCUGGUUCAGGGGGCGGCAACAACGAAGCAGCAGGAGGUCUCCAGCGUCUACGCUCCCUCCGCCAAGUGAUCGCAGAUGGUUGCCCCAAAUUGCUUUCCUCCUAUUCGGGCUCCUCGUCUUGUUUCCCUUUCCCGACCUCCCUUGAAACACUCGAACUAGUCAACGUUGAACAAGUCAAUUUGGACCUCACAAACCUAUCCAACCUGAAAGUACUCCAUCUUGGCCACAUGGAGGACCUCACAAAACUAAGCGUCAGCCGUUCCUCAAAACUACAUACCUUGAGCAUACGAGUUUUGGCAGAGUCCAUCUGCAGCCUGCUCUCUACCUCCCUCACCACAUUGUCCUUCUAUCUUAGCAAAGAGGUGGAGCCCAUCACAGGAGAGGCCCUAGUGCUUCUCACCUCCCUCCGAGAGCUCGGAUUUUAUUCCUGCCACAAAUUGCAGUUCCUCCCUGCAGGUCUACAUACACUUGACAGCAUCAAGCAAUUAUCUAUUCGUUCAUGCCCAUCCCUCCGGUCGCUGCCCAAGGACGGCCUCCCUAGUUCUUUGCAGAAAUUAGAUAUCUCCGGAUGUUCCAUGAAAUCAUUGCCCAAGGACAGCCUCCCGAGUUCUCUGCAGCAAUUAGAGAUCUCCCUUGUUAUCAGCUCGAAUUGCUUCCCACUUUUUCGGACGGACUCCCAACUUCUCUGUGGAAAUUAAAGAUUGAGGAUUGUCCUGCCAUCAAAUCGGUGCCCAAGGACGCCCUCCCGAGUUCUCUGCAGGAAUUAGGCAUCACGAGUUGUCCUGAAAUCAAAUCGCUUCCCGAGGACGGGCUCCCCAAAUCCUUGCGAGUACUAGAUGUGGUCAGUUACGGCAACAGCGAGCAGCUUAAAAGGCAGUGCCGCAGGUUAAUAGGGACGAUUCCAAUAAUCUUCGCCUGACGAAUCCUUCCAAGGGCUCUCUUUUUUCUCCUUGAUUGGUUCAUCAUCAGCCCUCGUAGAAGUCUCUCUGUAUACAAAGUGUAGUUCGUUCUCAGGCUCUCAUCAGUUUUUGCUAGUGCAAGCACCAAGAUUCAGUCUGUAUCAUCCACCAUGGCUCUCUUUUUGUUUUUUACAUCAUCAGCCUCGUAGAAGUCUCUCUGUAUGCAAAGUGUAGUUCGUUCUCAGGCUCUCAUCAGUUUUUGCCACUGCAAGCACCAAGACUUAUCUGUAUCAUCCACCAUGAUUUUAUCUUCUUUUCGGUGCAGCAAGUUUCUUUCUUCUGACCAAUCCAAGGGUCUGCUUUUCGCCUUUUCUGUUUGUAAAUCUUCUACCCUGGUUGAAUUCUCUCCGUAUCCAAGCACACUCCUCUGACACUCAGUUGCCACUGCAAGCACGAAUUGUAUCUUGUAUCCUGUGUAUGAUCUGUGCUCUACCUUGGAGUUGCACAUUUCUGAGCCCUUCGAGGACUCACAGUUCUCACAUGGGGGUUUUGUGGCUUGCUCUCCCUGUACAUAAAAUCUGAUUUAGGAGCUCUGCAAAUCUCACUACAAGGAAAUGGAUCAUAAUUCACAACAACAACAUGAAGUGAAGUCUCACAAAUUCAUCAUGUGACAUUUUGAAGUUGUGUUGAAUCUCGUAAAAAAAUUCUCAAGUUUUCUCAAUAUAGGAAUGGUUAUGGGAACCACCAGCUGCUGAUGAUUUAUAAGCUGCAAAGCUGUUUACGUGCAAACUAACUUCACUUACUAACAGAUCAAUCUCGGUAAAAGGUGCGGUCCUGCCGGAUCAGGCAGACCUGGUUCUCCUGAUAAGCAAGUUGUCAUGACAUGAUUAAGUUCAGUCCAGCUGAAGAAAUGCUAUCGUGGAGAUCUCAAUCUGUAUCUUCCAUUCCGUCCAUAAUCUGGACUCUCUGUCUUGAGAGUAGUACAUUUUUCUACCCUAGUAGGAUUCAGUCCACCCAUGCAUGAUGCAUAGUUCUCACAUGUCGGUCUUCUGUUAUCCUCUUCAGGUGUUCUUAUCUUCACUCUGCUAUGCUUCAAAUUAGUUCAUUUAAAGCUUCGUGGUCACUCAUGAAGACAUGGUGGUGUACUUGCUAGUUCAGAACUAAAUGUGCUAUCGUAGAUGGUUUUCAAGUUUACUAAGCUUCCACAACCUUUUCAUAGAGUUAACAUUUUCAGGUUUGCAUUUCAUCAUGACAAGAUGUUCUCCAAGCCAAUCAUCCUUUUAUCUCAUGUUGCUAGCCUCAUCGGUACUUGGCAUUGCAUUUCCUACAUUGGGAUAUAGCAUACUCCGCCAGUACAUCCCAACCCCUUGUGGAGUUUCUCACUAAGAAAAGAGUGAGAUAUGUGAUUUAAGGAACCAAGGUUGAUAGAACAGUUGAAUCAACCAUGAGAGAAAAAAAUAAAAAAAAUAAAAGGCCAAAAGGCAAAAAUAGCAAAAAAAAUGAAAAAGAGAGAGAGAAACUCCCGUUAAGCCACUUCAGUUUUCCAAUGAGUCCACUAUAUCUGCCUAUCAUAGCAUCUCCUCAUUUGCUAUUCCAAGUAGUGGAUUCCUUUGCCAUGCACAUUUAUAUUUUGCUUUGUACAUCUUUAAAGGAGGCAUAUUAGUCAUCAUGUUUAGUACUUGUUGAACUUCACCAACCAUUUAUGUCUCACUUUUAUUUUUCAUAUAUAAGAGCUUUUGUCGGCACCUCUCAAUCUUUUGUAGGGAAAAAAAAGAAAGAAAAUAAAAAAGAAAGAAAAAGGAAAAGGAAAAGGAAAAAAGAAUGAAAAAAGAGAUAAAACAAAAGAAGUAAAGUAGAAUAAGAGAGGUGCCAUGUUUUCUCUCUACCAAACUCUUAGUCUUCAUUUAUGGCGGGAUGAGUCUUAUUACUUAGGCUUAUCAUAUAUCACUUUUCUUACCACCCAUUAUUCAUCAUGUAGAGUUUGGCACUCAUAGCUAAUUUUGUCCAUCUUAGUGGGAUGGCUUAUUGCAUAUGCUUACUAGGACUUCAUAUCACUUCAUAUCCAUUGUGCAUACCUUGGCAAAUCCCUACUUCCCAUGCAACGUCGAAACCGAGGACAUCACACAUGCCUUGGGGUCACUCUGCAUUACAUGGGCCUAUCUUUUCCUUGUCGAGUCACUCCCAUCCUUUCACAUCAUUUUCUAAUGAUUGGAAACACGAGGCAUCUUGGUUCAUGGUGACUGCUUGCUUGACUAUGUGAUCCGUGCUUCCCAAGGCAUGAAUUGAUUUGUACUACUGAAAACUCACUCUUGGUUUUGCAAUUUAGGUAUGGACUUAUCAAUUAAUUGCAAUGUUGUUUCUGUUUGAGUAGGGAGCUCAAUGUGGGUUGAAUCCUUGGAAUGAUCUUGCAAGAAAGACUUUUUUUUAAUAUCAAUCUUGCAAGAAAGACUUUGUAUCAUGAAGCAUCCCUGUUAGUACUAGAGCUACGGUUUUGAAGGGACACUCAGGAGUCAACUUUCUCAAGAUCUACGAUGCUGAUCACUUGACCAUUCCCCCCUGCCGCAUGAGCUGUGAGGAGGGCAAGACAUCAAGGCCAAUGAUGCCGCUUGACGACGAAAAUCUACUCUCCAAGACUCUCCUCGGCCUCCCCCCGUACCUAUCGUCUGCAAGUGUUGGCGUUGCAUCAUAUCUGGCAUCUACUUUUUCUGCCGCUUUCGAGCACACCACCGCCACAAACCUGCCCUCCUUAGUUGCUUCGUCAGAGACCUAUGAGGCUUCUCCUAUACACCUAUCAUGGAGGCCCCAGAGCAUGUCCCUGCCGGGCGGGGCUCACGGCCCCUGGAUCCCCGACACAGUCGACACUGAUCACUUGGUUGGUUCCAGUGGACAACCAAAAGGUUCCCUGGAAAUGCCAAGGAGAUUCACUCAAUGAACCACUUGCAGAAGAACCAUUGAAGUUUUACGCUGUGGUGUGACAAUGCGUCCUGAAUUGCACCUCGCUAGUAGCCUGAGUUGCUAUUUCGUGGAGCGUCUGAAGCUUGAAGUUUUCCCUGUGUUUAUAUAAUUAUUAUGAUCUGGAAAACGAAUUCCUUGCAGUGUCUGGGUUAGUUUACUUUAUGUCACAAGUUCUGCUUUUGUAGCAAAGAUUGACAAAUUCUUUGUAUAACAAUUGAACUAAAUUUCAUUGUUGCCUCUAUGAGGCCAUCAUAUUUCAAAUGAUUUGGUGAGGUA